AUGGCAAUGGCAAAACUCCUACGUAGAGUCGUUGUCUCCCUCUGGGGCGACAGCGGCCCCAAGGAUCUUUGGCAGCGGAUUCUCAAGCAUUUCAUAGCCUGUGUGAUUGCAACGAUAAUCGCAAUUCUCCCCCAGAUCAGAAGCUGGUCAACGUUCCUUAUUCCAAUGACAGUUGCUUUUGCACAUCCAGGCCAGCGGUUAGGCGUUGUCAUUGAGAACGCCAUCAUGGUCAUCUUUGGCUCCGGCCUAGGUUUAUCAUGGUCCAUCCUGGGUUUAUACCUUGCGAGCUUGGUCUAUGAUGACAACAAGCCCGCUGCGUUUACCAUUCGGGCUCUGUUUUACCUUGCGUGUAUCUUGCUUCACGGCUACAUACGGUCUUCUAGUCCCCGAUUGUUCUUGUUCGUCUUGUUCGUCAUGCUACCCGCAAUAACUAUGCUUACGGCGCCAACCAAGGCUACAUCACUCUUGUACGAAACCAUCUACGCACCAAUUCUCAUUGGCGUUGGUAUUAUGCUUUUUGCCAACGUCAUCAUAUUCCCAGAGUUUUCUGGUAGCUACUUGGGAACCUCUACCAUCAACGCCCUCUCCGAAAUGGCCAAUACCUUGGAGCGAGCUACUUACUGGUUCGCUACCCCAGGAGGCGACUCUGUUGAGAUUCAAAACCAGGACGGCGUACCCAGCACCACCGUGGCCAACAACAAUAAUAUCGAGCAGCAGCAGAAGCAGAUGAAUCAGAAGAAACAGUCCAUCUUUCGUUACUGGCGCAAAUUCUUGUCUCCUUUCCCUAAUCCCUUUCGAUCUGCCAGGGCUGAGGCUACAGCAUUCAAGAUACCACUACAUGCAACCACGCUUGCGUCACUGAUGGAAAGCAAACCUACCAUUCGAUCUAAGCUUGCUACAUGUAAGACUGCACAGAAUGAAGUCAAUUUUGAGAUUUCCAUCUCACCCCUUGCUCCCGGUGACAUGAAACUCAUUAGCGUUGAUCUCAUGAGCAAUCUGUCCCAGAGCGUUAUUACUUUGAUCGGUGCUUGUGAGAACAAGUUCAUAGUACUUGAUGAUGAGGGCCGUGAAGAGAAUGGCUUGGUAAAUGAUGAUCUAGAGCUAUCACCAGAAGACACCCACAGCCCUGAAUUAACCACACCGUCGACCGGUGGCCCAGAAGCUUACCUGAAAGUCAACCCUCACGCAAGAUCUAGAUCGAGAGCUCGCAACUCUAUGGCUUCCCCAAGCAGAGCCGACUUCGCCACCUUGAAUAGGCAAAUCGAGCUGAGCAGCGCCGAACUUCUGGAAUCAAUUGUUAUGCGGCUUCAAGCUCCUGUACAAGCGUUUCAAGCCUCUACAAAUGCAGCGGUGUCUCUUCUUGUCUCCUGUUUGGCGUAUUGCUAUGAUGUUCCCAACCUACCUUCUGGCGCACCUACCCCUCGAGGCAUUCGUCUAGAAGAGAUUGACCUGCGCAUCGACCUUUUCGCCGAUGCUCUAGCAUUAUUUGACCAGCAGUCUACCGAACAACUCAAGCUGGUUGCGAUGCAAGAAACUGGCCAAUUGCUCGAUUUCAUGCCUCGGAUGGAGACGUUCCUCGUCUCAUCGUUUCUUCUGGCUUUUCGUCAGGCCUCAGCCCAUAUCUUGAAUAUGCUUCGCCAUGCGCGCUAUUUGGUGGAGCAGAGGCAGCGUCGCCAUAAUAGGUCACGCAUCUGGAUCCCUCACUAUUCAAGUCUUCGGAAGUGGCUUCGUACUAAUGGAGAACGUGAUUCUAUGGUCCUUCCAGAAGGCGCAAGGCAGGCCGCACGACGCGGAGAUUUGGCUGGCAGGCCAUCUAUAUCUCAAUUGAAGGACUCUAGUGGCAUCCUCGAGAAUGAUGAACAGGCUCUGGGGGAGCGCAUUAACGAUGAGGAAGCGGGCUCUACAACCACUUCUAGAUAUCUGAGGGCCCUGAAAAGCAGAAAACUUAGAAGCAAAGAGAAGGCAAAUCAAAGAAGAGAGAAAGGGCAGGUAGAGAAGCACCAGCGACCUAAGCAUGGGCAUAAAAAGAAAGGUACUUCUGAUAAUUGGAUUUUGAAACUACGAGGGAAAACAGCAGAUGUUUUAGAAUGGGCUCAAGACUCUGACGAUCUUGCUUAUGCUCUCAAGAUAUCUUUUGCCGUCUUCCUUGUCAGUUUUCCGGCCUUUGUACCGUCUUGGAACAAGUGGUAUGGAGAUGUUCAUGGUGUUUGGGCCCCGCUCCAGCUGAUAUUCAUCUUUGAAGUGGCCAUUGGCACAUCCAUGGCCACCUUUAUUGUCCGAAUGAUUGGGCUGGUCCUUGGCUGUACGGCUGGCUACGUCUCAUUUGUUAUUGCAGGCGGGAGCAGGGCCAUUACUGUUGUAGUUCUUGCCUUUACGAUCCUGCCUUGGGCCUAUAUCCAAGUUGGGACAAAAUACGUCAAGGCCGGUUCAGCAGCCAUUAUAUCAAUCAAUGUGGUUGCGCUAGCGUCAGAGAAUAGCACAGAACCGGCGGUACAGGUCUAUUACAAGCGCCUGAUAGCUUUUUUGGUUGGCGGUGUUACCGCCACUCUGGUAGAGAUGUCUGUCUCUCCAGUGCGAGCUAGAGAUCGCUUGGUUGAGUCCCUUUCCGCCUGUGUGCGUCAUAUUCAGGGCAUGCAGGGCGCCAUAGCUGUUGGCGUCGAUGAGCCUGAGUUCCUUGAUCCUCGCGGCCUCAAGCAGCAUCGUCAUUUCGAUCAAUUGCGAGAAAAGGCCCAAGCCUCGCUCGCGGCGGCUGAGACUUUUUUGCCGUUCUGUCUUUCUGAACCAAGGCUUAAAGGUAGCUUCAAGAAGCUUGCGCCCAUAUAUACUGAGAUUGUAUAUGUGCUUCACCAGGUGAUCGACCGCAUGGAUAACGUCGUACAACUCCGAGCAGCAUAUGGCUCCUCAGUGUUGGAGGUCCUGAAUCCACAGGUCUAUACGUAUCGUCGCAGCAUGGUGGCAAGCUGCACAUUGAUGCUGUUUUCCGUCAACGAGGCUUUGUCAACGUGGCUUCCCCUCCCGCAGUUUAUUCCAUCAGCUCGCUUGGCACACUUGCGACUAAUACAUAGAGUCCGUAAGAUUAUCACGUCGCAAACAUCAACGUCAGCUCCGGUAACGCCCACGGUAAGCCAUGCUAGCCAUGGCAAAACCGAGGGCGAGCACGAUGAUCUAACAAGCGAAAGGGUGGCACGUUUGAUAACCAAGCAUAAUUUUCUUUCCUGGAACGCCAGCACUGCCGGUCAGAUGGAAAUUAUCGAGUAUUUGGAAGAAUUAGUUGAGCUGGUCAAAAUGUUGGUGGGAGUGAAUGCAUUCCGCUCGGGGAUGUUGGAAAAGCCAAAGUACCUACAUUAUGUACAAAUGGCAGACUCCCGCCCAGAAUCUGUGACUGUGGCUCCUACAAACGAUUCCAGCAGCUCGUUGACAACUCAACGCAGCAGCAUUGCCGUCCCGGAGGAGCCAGGAGAGCUUCCAGAUUCGGUCUUGAGGCGGGUCGCUUUGGCUGCCGCUCAGACAGAGAGAGUCUAUCAGAGACCAAGAAGGGGGACCGCUGGAGUACGACGGCCUUCUUACAGAAGAGGAAGCAUUUUCGGAGAGAACUUGGAAGAAAUACCUGCAAGCCUACAGAGGGUCAACUCUCGGCUUUGGCAGGGAAACGAAGCCGUUAGAAGGGCGUCAUUCGCAAUCACAAGUAUGCGGCCAGGUUCCGCUGCUGGAUCUCGAAAUGUGUAA